UCCCUAGGUGGAGGCUUGUAUACGGGGCUAACAGCCGAUUUCUUGGGCAGGGAUUCUGUGAUCUUCCGGACCAUGGGACAUCGCUCCUCUCUCCGUACAGAGAUGGACCAGAGGCUGCUGAACGCUCCCAAAUUUGUUGCUGCUUAUAUGAUCCCAGACAAUGAUGAUCGGGACAAUGACAAAGUCUACUUCUUCUUCACUGAGAAGGCAGCAGAGUCAGAUAGCAAAGGGCAUGCCAUCUUUAGCCGUGUGGGGAGAAUCUGUGUGAACGAUGCUGGUGGACAACGAGUGCUAGUCAACAAAUGGAGCACUUUCAACAAAGCCCGUCUUGUGUGCUCUGUUCCAGGACCAGAUGGCAUUGACACACACUUUGAUGAACUGGAGGACGUCUUUCUUCUGAGGGCUAAAGAUGGCAAGAACCCUGAAGUCUAUGCACUGUUUAGCACCAUCAGCAAUGUCUUCCAAGGCUUUGCCAUCUGUGUCUAUCGUAUGGCAGAUAUCUGGGAAGUUUUUAAUGGACCAUUUGCUCAUAAAGGUGGUCCUGAUCAUCAGUGGGCAGCUUAUGAGGGCAAGGUGCCUUACCCAAGACCAGGAGUUUGCCCCAGCAAAACCACCAACCAACCAAGUCGUCAGUACUCCUCCACCAAAGACUACCCAGAUGAGGUACUGCACUUUGCACGCGCUCAUCCACUGAUGAGCAAAUCUGUAUAUCCACUACACCGCCGGCCUGUGCUGGUGAAAACCAACCUGCAGCAUCGCCUACGGCAGAUAGUGGUGGACCGCGUGGAAGCUGAGGACGGGCAUUAUGAUGUCAUGUUCAUUGGCACAGAGGCUGGCUCCAUACUGAAGGUCAUAGCUCUACAGAGAGGAAACCUUGCUGCUGUUGAAGAAGUUGUUUUGGAAGAGCUUCAAGCGUUUAAGGUACCAGUCCCCAUCACUGAGAUGGAAAUUUCUGUGAAACGGCAAAUGCUUUAUGUGGGCUCACGGGUCGGUGUUGCCCAAGUGAAGCUGCAUCAGUGUGAGACUUACGGGACAGCCUGUGCAGAAUGUUGCCUGGCACGGGACCCUUAUUGUGCCUGGGAUGGCCUCACUUGCACCAGAUACCAGGAGUCAGGCAAACGUCGCUUUCGCAGGCAAGACAUCCAGAAUGGGAAUCCCAUGCACCAGUGCCUGGAUCAAAAUCUAACAGUGGAUGACUUUGACAGCAUUGAGGAGAAGGUGGUAUAUGGGACAGAGCACAACAGCACCUUCUUAGAGUGUAUCCCUAAGUCACCCCAAGCUGCAGUGCAAUGGUUUGUACACAGAUCUCCAGAGGAGCUAAGAGAUGAGGUGAAAACAGAUGAACGUAUCAUGAAGACAGAACAAGGCUUGCUAUUCCGGAAGCUCUUUCGUCAGGAUGCUGGAACUUAUUACUGCAGGUCUCAGGAGCAGGGCUUCACUCAGACCGUCACCAAAAUUAUUUUGGAAGUGGUAGAGAGUGAGCAGCUGGAACAGAUCUUCCAAAGGGAGCAGGAGGAGGAGCUGCCUCGCCCUCCUUGCCGAGUUCCCAAUCUCCGCCUGCUGCAUGGACAACGAAUGUGGUUCAAAGACAUCAUGCAUCUGAUCGGCUAUGCUAAUCUGCAGAGGGUGGAGGAAUACUGUGAGCGUGUGUGGUGCGGAGAUCGGCCAUUGUGGCACAAAGGCAAGCUCCCUAAGAGCAAGAACCUGCUGGAUGGUGGCAAAAAGGGAAGAGGCAAGCAGCCCAGUGAGAGAAACCGGGUGCCCAGGCAAGCAGUAGCCACUGAAGGGGAAAUAGACCCAACUCCUGGCAAAAGCAAACCCUGAAUGAAAACCCACUCCUCUAAAAACUGCCCUUGUAAAGGGACUUAUCCUGAUGGAAGCCCCCUGCCUUUGCUGAUCAACUGAGCCUACAGACAUCCCUUCCUUCUGUCAAAAUGCUGGAGAUUUAACAAAUACUAAAGUAUUGUUUUUCUGUCCCAUAUUGACAACCCUGGUGGGAGGGGUAUCACGUCUAGAAAGGUGUGGAGGUGGCCUCACUCAUGAAAAUAGAUUGUCCAUUUUGCUUGUGUGUGUUAAAUGCUGCCAUCUGUGAGUAUCAUGUCCAAUAUGACUGAGCCACAUGACUCAGAAAAGGAGCUUUAAGGAUCUAACCAUGUGACUGUGAGACAAUCACCAGAAAUCAAGGAACAGCAACACGCAUUCUUCUUACAGGACUGAGGGAAAAUAGCAGGGGGCUGCUUCCAGAAAGGAUAUAUGUAGUCUGUGCUCUGCUGGAGGUGACAAGGAUCAGCUAUAGAUAACAAGUGACACAAUCACCUAUUCCCCUAUACUACAUGCUUGGUAUGGGUGUGACCAUUGAACUGUGGCUAUCCUUGUACCUGGAGGUACAAAGCAAUCUCUACAGUGCUUCCAGACUCAUGCUUUUCCUGGUUCUGCCCAGCAGGUCAAAAGCAAUGUCAAUUCUUUGGGCGUGAUUACAUAUGAGUUUUAAAGUGGCCAGCUAUGUUUACAAUAUGAUUUGACCCUAAUGCUCAUUUACAUCUCAGUGCCUUCUCAUGCCGUCUCUUUCAAAUAAUCAACUGUUGGAUGCGAACUUAAACUUGCCAAAAGAAACUCAGGGGUGUUACGUGGGCCAGACAAAAAAGCUUAUGCAGCUCCCAUUACUCUCCUAUCUCCUUCUCAGUUCCAGAGACAGAGCAGAGAUUUCAGUGGGGAAGUGAAUGGCAGAAAAGCAACCAGGCUCUUCUCUUCCUCGGCCCCUCUCUGCUGCAAUUGCUCUCCUCCCAGCCCUGGCAUCAAAAUGCAGUUUGGUCUACCUCUUCCUGAGCUUCCUAUAUUUGCUUGCCAUCUUAUCUAGUCAAGGAAAGACUGGCUUCUGUGCACCACCUCUGUUUGUCUCAUGGUUGGCUGCUUGUCUUGGGCAGUACAACCACAAAUGGGACCCACCACCAGAGGCCCACAUGACCAUUUGCCCUAAAUAAACCUUGCCUUUCGGGGACUUGUAUUAAUUCCUUUGGUUUAAACAUUAACAGUUGAAUGAAAACUAGCAGUUUGUUCAACAAAUAAAUUAAAUCUUACAUAGCAAGCUCAGACUUGGGGGCAAUUUUCCUCCUGCUUCUUGGCAUUUGUCAGCACAAUGAAUGUUCUCAUGGCAAGCUGACCCCGGGAUGGAGAUAUCUUGCUGGAACAGUUACCAGGUAGUGCAUUGAUUUCUACAUUAAUAGUCUAGAGCAAAGAUUCUCAACUUUUUUUUUUUUUUUGCUCAUGGCCCCUUCUGAGUGUCAUUUACCUCUGUGACCCCCUUCAUAGUCACUGUUAACUGGAAUAAUGGUACUUUACCAUCUGCAUUGUUUAUUAAUCUGAAUUGUAUCAUGUAAUAUAACUGUCUUUAUAUCAUUAAGACAAAGCAUUGUAGGAGCUACCAAAAUGAUUAAUUCUAUGCAGACAUAAUUGUGUAAUAGCAAACAAAAUUCUUAAAGACAUAAAAACAUGAGGCCCCCUAGAAAUAUGGCUUGGUCCCCUGAUGGGCUAUAUGGAGAAACAUUGAGAACCACUGGUCUAGAGUACAGAAAUAAAGCUCAAGCUGCUAUAAUGUUGUGAAUU